UCAAGAUGGCUUCCGUCGCUAGUUAGUAAUUGUAUAAUGGCUCCAUGCGGUAUGAGUGUUAUUUCACGCGCCAAUUCCUUGGCUCUUCAGGGUUACAAGCACUGUUGUCAUGUUAUGUUACAUUCGCCUGUGGAAGAAAAGCUUUUUGGCUUUUAUCCACUGAAACAGGCUGUCCUGAUGCAGCUUCGUUUUGAUGGCCGAAUGGGAUUUCCUGGAGGAUUUGUGGACGAUUUUGAAGAUCUAGAGACUGCCAUUAAUAGAGAGGUUGUAGAAGAGCUUGGAGAAACAACAAAUCCUGUCAACAUUACUAAAGAAAACUAUGUGAUCUCUCAUUUGUAUGAGGAGUAUGUGUCAGAACUGGACAUCACAAAGAAACUUUGUCUUCACUUCUUUGCCAAAAAUGUUCCAUUAGAACAAUUCUUAGAACUUGAGACAAGGAAACAAGGGGCACCGUAUUUAGGUUAUGAGGUCCUCGGGCUGGUUCGCUGUCCAGUGUACAUCUUAAGAGACAAACGAGGAGGGCUUCCGUCAUUUCUAAGACACGACUUUGUAGGAAACUCCCGACAACAGCUGUUAAUCGGCUUGGAACACGAAGGGAUAUUAACUCCAGAGGAGAUCAAGGAAGUUGUGCAACUCUCUCAAUCAAUUCCAGCGUCGGCGGCUAAAUUGUGACAGUAACAGUGUUUGAUAUUGCCGGGGAAGUACAGGUAUGUGGAACUAAUUUCAGAAGAUAACGGCAUUUGAUAGUGCCAAUUGCUUUUCUGAGGAGGAGUGGACAUGCAAUCAAUUCUGGGCUUGAUGCGUGGGUGAAGGCUGGAAGUUUCGAUAAAACCUUGUGAAAAUGGACGUUUAUCCUGGUCCAUUUUUAAGUUUGCGAGCUUAAUAAACGAUAUUCCACAGCCGCUUUGGAAAAGAUGCAAAUGUAAUCGCAAAGCACGUUUUUAUCACGAACGAACAGCGUUUUACGGAAGAACAAUGGCCGUAUUACUCAUACGAUUCGACUCACAAGACGAAUUUCAGUGAACACUAAUAUUUGUUAGAUUAUUAUUUUUUACUAUUGUGAUGAUGAUAUUAUUAUUGUUAUUAUUGUAAUAUAACCGUGUGUAUAUUCCAAAUGCAAAUGAUACUUGCAAAAGCUUUUUAAAGUUUCCCGCAGGCAAUUUUUUUUGCCAGUAGCAAAAACGAAAACAGCUGAUUUCUGGAACUCAUUGGCCGGUCCAUUGUGCGAUGUUGGUUCUGUUGAUCUCUUCCUUAAUCCAAAGAUAACAAAUACGUGCAUUUAUUGUAAACGGUAAUAAACGGCAAUAAACGAUAU